UGUUGACUUGGGAAGUAAGGGAUGGACUUUAGAUGAGACCUAUUCAGGCUCUUGUAAGAGAGAGCAGACUAAUUCUGCCCUUUGGCAUUCACUCCUCUUUACACUGGUUCACCCGUGUAAAACAGAAGGAUUAAACUUAAAGACGACAAUACUGCUGUGAGAAGAAACCCACUUCAUUUUGUAUUGUUCGCAACUAAAUCGUUUUUCAGCUGCAAAACGUAAGCAUUUCUGUGAGAUGCCAAGUUUACAUGUAUAUGAUAACACGUGGAAUGACAUUUGUGAGCUCUUAAGUAACUAGCAGCAAUCAUCAAGAGAGGGAAUCCAAAAGUUUUAGGAAGAAGGGAGUUUCUGGGGAAAGCUUAGUAUGGCAGAGUAACUGGAGCUCUUGAGGAGGGGGGACUCCCUGAUGGAGCUCAUUUGAAGUGUGUUUGAAGUGCGAUAGGUUGGGUCGCAAAGGGUGAAUGCCCCAUCCUGACUGGCUGAGUCUUGGUUGAGGGGGUGUGGCUCGGAGCUGGCGCUGGCUCUGUGGGACUAGUAGAGUAAGGAAACGGCCAUCUGGUUGACCUGCUCCCCUCCCCUCCACACAAACACACACACUCACACAGACACAGGCGCCAGUGCAUGUGACACUCUCUCCCUUUGAUACGGGAUGUAGUCAAGCUGACAGCUUCGGACGCAAAAGGUUCUGGACUGAGGACUGGAGAUCGCCUGUCUUGGAUUUAGACAAUUGUACGUGUGGCUACCAAAGACAUGUAGCCCAGAGACUCUUGGAAACACACAGGGGAGACAAGAAAACCUUUGCCAGCCAGGUGUCUGCUGCUUACUAAGGUCGCUCUGAUGAACUUGGAGAACGCAGCCGGUUACCACGGUGCCGUGAGGCCACUGGAUAUGGAGCAGAAAGUCAGCAAGCUCACCUUUGGCUUCCAGCGGAGCUCCACAUCGGACGAUGACUCAGGCUGUGCCCUGGAGGAGUAUGCCUGGGUGCCACCCGGCCUGCGUCCUGAACAGGUCCAGCUGUAUUUCUCCUGCCUGCCUGAGGACAAGGUUCCCUAUGUGAACAGUCCUGGAGAGAAAUACCGCAUCAAGCAGCUCCUGUACCAACUGCCUCCCCACGACAAUGAGGUGCGGUACUGCCAGUCCCUCAGCGAGGAGGAGCGGAAGGAGCUGCACAUGUUCAGCGUGCAGCGCAAGAAGGAGGCGCUCGGAAGGGGAACGCUCAAGAUGGUGCCAAGGAUGAUGGCGCAUGCAAUUUGUGAAAAUUGCGGGGAAAGUAUCAAUGGUGGUGAGAUGGCAGUUUUUGCCUCCAGAGCUGGGUCUGGACUCUGCUGGCAUCCGGCGUGUUUUGCAUGCUCAACCUGCAACGAGCUCCUGGUGGACCUGAUCUACUUCUACCACGAGGGCAAGAUCCAUUGUGGCCGUCAUCACGCAGAAUUGCUAAAGCCUCGAUGCUCAGCCUGUGAUGAGAUCAUCUUUGCUGACGAGUGCACAGAGGCAGAGGGCCGCCACUGGCACAUGAACCACUUUGCCUGUUUCGAGUGCGAGACCAUUCUGGGUGGGCAGAGGUACAUCAUGAAGGAUGGCCGGCCGUUCUGUUGUGGCUGCUUUGAGUCUCUCUAUGCAGAGUACUGCGAAGCGUGUGGAGAGCACAUCGGUGUGGACCAUGCUCAGAUGACAUACGAUGGCCUCCACUGGCAUGCGACUGAGACGUGUUUCAGUUGUGUCCAGUGUAAGGCUUCCCUGUUGGGCUGCCCUUUCCUCCCAAGACAGGGACGGAUUUACUGCUCCAAGUCCUGCAGCCUGGGAGAGGACGUCCACGCGUCAGACUCCUCGGACUCGGCCUUCCAGUCAGCCCGCUCCCGUGAGUCCCGCCGCAGCGUGCGUAUGGGAAAGAGCAGCCGCUCGGCGGACCAGUGCAGACAGUCACUGCUCUUCUCCCCCGCCGACAACUACAAGUUUCCCGGCUUCUCUGGAAACGCGGAGGACACGUUGUCCAACAAGCUCUCGCAGCUCAGCUUCCCCGAUGGCCACUUCUGGAGGAACAGGGAGGAGCAGGAGGCCCCUGAGGACCACGAGGAGUGGGCCGAGCACGAAGACUACAUGACCCAGCUCCUGCUGAAGUUUGGAGAGCACGGAGUGUUCCAGCAGCAGGAGGACGCCAGGCCAACGGAACUUUGGAUGAACGAGUCGGAGGUCAAAACAAAGGCCGAGCCCAAGUCAGGCGGCAGCAGCAGCAGCCAGAGUCUGGCUAGUAAGAAGUACCAGGUGGACAUGUACUGGGCUCAGUCCCAGGAUGGACUGGGUGACUCGGCUUACGGCAGCCACCCUGGUCCUGCAAGCAGCAGGAAGAUCCAGGAGCUGGACCUGGAGGAGCAUGGUGCCAGUGGCUUCAAGCGUAAUGACAAGCAAUGGUAUGACGACUCUCUAGAGUGCAUUACUGAUGAACUGAAGCUGAACGAGCAGAGUGUCAGAGACUCAAUGGACUCCCUGGCAUUGUCUAAUAUCACAGGUGCAUCGGUUGACGGUGACAGCAGAGAUCGACCACUGCUUUACUCAUUACAAGACUUUCCUGAACUUGAGGUAGAGGACUGCGAGAACACCAGCAACAUGGGAACACUCAAUUCCUCCAUGCUGCACAGGAGCGCCAACUCCCUCAAGAGCCUAACCUCCGAGCUGGAGCAACAGGAGGUGGUGGAGGAGGAGCAGGAAGAGGAGGUGGUGCCCCUGCCGGAGGAGAGGCCUAAGCUGCCUCACUUACCUGUGCUGCGUAGGACCAGAUCACAGUCCAGGCCCCAGCAGGUCAAGUUCUCAGAUGACGUGGUGGACAACGGACGCUAUAAUGACCUGGAGGUGCGCCAGCCUCCCAUGAGCGAACGGACUCGCCGACGGGUGUAUCACUUUGACGAGCCGGACCAACAGCAGCACCAGCACCAGCACCACCACCGCCACCGGCGGCGCAGGAGCCGCAAGACCCGUUCCGACAACGCCCUGAAUCUGCCCCCUAAGGACAGGGCCCGCGUCUACUUCAGAGAGGACCACCACAAGCGCUCGAACCCACAGCAGUACGGACAGCCCUCGCAAGCCCACGCUGUCUCUGACUAUGGUCUGCAGAACCCAGCUGUGGAGAGGUUCCUGGGGCUCUAUGGGGCUGAGGAUGAUGACUGGUGCUCCACCUGCUCCUCUUCCUCAUCGGAGUCUGAGGAAGAGGGCUUCUUCCUCGGCCAGCCCAUUCCUAAGCCUAGGCAACCCAGGUACCAUUACUACGCUGAUGAUCUACCCAGCCAAGUGCCUCCCACUUUUGGCCCAAGAACAAAAUCCAAAAAGAAGAGAGGACACAAGGGCAAAAACUGUAUCAUUUCAUAAAUCAACUAUAACUUCUAUUAGAUUUUUAUUUCAGCUUUCUUUUACUUGCCUCUGUAUAAUACUGUCGCUUCUCAAAGACCUGCAUUGAUUUCCUCGUGUUAUUGUUGAUGGGGAUUUUGUGAGAUGGCCUGGAUUAGUUCUAUAACAGUGUUUACACUAAACUCCUUAUUUGACAAAACAUAGUAGGAAACCUGAAAAAUGGUCAUGUUCCAAAUGUUUCUUUGUAUGAGUAUCAAUGUCACCAUCUAUGAAAACAGAACUUACACAUUGGAGAAUGAAACAGUUGACAUGUACUAAUAAGUCAUAAGCACCCUGUGCAGGUUAAAAGAUAUUUAUGAAACAGCAUUUACAAACUGAAAAUCUUAUUUAACAGUGCAAAUAUUAAUGUAUAUAAUGUAAAGUUAAGAUGUAAAACUGAUAUUUUUAUAUCCCUGAGUUUCAAAAGAUGUUUUUAUAUGUUCUGGCUACAAGUACUAGUUUUGGACCUGCAGUUAUGGUUUUGAGUUCUGCUUUUGUUAAUCAGGGUUUUAAAAAUAAUAAAGUAACAUAUGUUCAUUAC